AUGGAGAACGGGGCAAAGAAAUCUGCUAAGGCGAAGGAGAAGCCGGUCAGGAGGCGCUCCAGCAUCUUCUCCCUCCUAAAGCGACAGAAGAAGCUGACGCGACAGUACUCGGAGCCCGUUGGGGACUACACGAGGAAAUACUCCAUGGACUCGGCCAUCUUCUCCGAUUACAGGAAAAAGGAGAACGGCGCCGCCACCGCUGUAAUUGAGAGGAGUUUAAAGCAGUUCGCCCUGUGCAAAAUCGAGCUAGCUGGCGCGGCGUCGGACACGGACAGCGAGGGAUCGCGCGGCGGAAUGGCGGACGCCCAGUCCAGGGACGAUCCGGCGACGAGGAGGCAGGAGGUGCUGGCCAGGAUACAGAGCCUGUACGUGGAGGACCCCGACAGGGAGAUUGGCGCGGCCGGCGAGCUGGUGGAGGAGGUGGCCGAGGAGAACAAGUCCCUGCUCUGGUUCCUACUGAAGCAGGUGCGCCCCGGGAUGGACUUGAGCAAGGUGGUGCUGCCGACUUUCAUCCUGGAGCCAAGGUCGUUCCUCGACAAGCUUUCGGACAACUACUACCACGCAGACAUAUUGGGGCAGGCCCAAGCGUUGGAGGACCCCUACCAGAGGUUCAGGUGUGUUCUCCGCUGGUACCUGUCCGGGCUGUACAAGAAGCCCAAGGGUCUGAAGAAGCCCUACAACCCGGUGCUGGGCGAGAUAUUCCGCUGCUGCUGGAGGGAUCGCAACGGAGACGGCUACACUUACUACAUCGCCGAACAGGUGUCUCACCACCCGCCCGUGUCCGCCUUCUACGUCUCCAACAGAAAAGAUGGCUACGUCAUAGAGGGCAGUCUGCUCGCGCGCUCCAAGUUCUACGGAAACUCCACGUCCGCUAUACUGGAGGGCUGCGCGCGUAUCCACCUCCUGAACUGGGGCGAGACGUACGUCACGACGGCGCCGUACGCACACUGCAAGGGGAUCGUGAUAGGCACGCUCAGCAUGGAGCUGGGCGGGAAGGUCCACAUAAUCUGCCAGGACACUGGCUACCAGGCUGACGUGGAGUUCAAAUUGCGCUCGUUCCUAGGCGGCGCCGACCAGACGAACGCCAUAUCGGGCAGGAUCAAGAAGGGGAAGGACACCAUUGCGACGGUAGAAGGAUAUUGGGACGGCAGGAUCGACAUCAAGGACAAGAGGACGGGGGAGGAGUCGAAUCUGCUGGACGUGGCGGUCCUCAAGGAUCAGAGGAUGCAGAGGUUCCUGAUGAAACUGGAGAACCAGGAGGAGUUCGAGUCUCAGCGGCUCUGGAUCAAGGUCUCGGAGGCGAUACAGAACGACGACCAGGUGGCUGCCACCGAGCAGAAGACCCUGAUCGAGGAGGCUCAGAGGGCUCGCGCGCGCGGUCUACUCUCGCCGUGGCUGCCACGACUCUUCAGGAGGGAUAUCCGCGCACCGCCGGAAGGAAUCGUGGACCAGGGGUGGAGAUAUAAUCAUGUGAACACAAGCCCGUGGCAGCCGGACGAGAUCGUCGAGUUCGAGGAGGCGUUCGUGAUCUCGUCGGCGGUGGCGAGGGCGGAGCGGCUGCGCGAGCCGCCGCCGCCCUCCGACUCCGACUCCAGGGACGAGCUGGCGCGCCGCUCCAAGACCUCCGCGAGAACAUUGAAGCAGGCCCUCCUCGGCAUCGAAUCGACGCUGAGGGAGCAGAGCGUCACGUUGGAGAGGCUCUCGAAGACGGUGGACCUGGUUGAGGAAGGGCAGAGGUCUCUGGCGCUCAGACCCCAGGCGGCGGCUGGGGUCCCGCCCGGGUCCCACGCGUGGGACCUCUUCGUGGGCUUCUUCUUUGCGCUAGUGCUGCAGGCCCUGCACAGCUGGCUGACGCCCGCGCGGGAC